AUCGACGAGUCGCAUCGCUGAAUUAUGCCGGAUAGUUCGUAACGAGAAAAUGUUCCCUGCGAAACUGAUUCCCCUUGCGAACCAAAAUCGAGAAAUUCCUGUUUCCGAAGUAGAAUAGCGACAUACGAUAUCGUGCCUGAUCAUGAUUGGCGCCGCGAGAAUAGAAGACAACAUCCCCCCAUGCGAUGAGACCAUCGAGCUCAUUUCCCACGGAGCAGGCACGUCUCGUUUCGGCAACUUCCAUAAUUAUUACGAAUUCAACCCGAUCAGCAAACGACUGAAGUUGUUGACGCCCGAUUGGGUCCUUCCACUCAGCGAUCGCAAGAGCUUGAGAGCUCUCGAUAUCGGCUGCAACUCCGGCGAAUUGACGGUAGAACUCCACUCACACCUCAAGCUUCUGGGGAAACCGUUGACGACGCUCGGGUUCGACAUAGACCCGGCCCUCAUCAAGAAAGCCCGAGAAUGGACGUCUUCGGAUGAAGUUGAGGAUAUAAAAUUUGAAACUAUAGAUGUCAUGCGUGAUGAAGAUCGGGAUCGAGUGAACGGUUUCGCGAUGCAUUUCGAUGUGGCUUUCUGUUUCGCUGUAACCAUGUGGAUACACCUAAAUUACGGGGACGAUGGCCUGAAAAUGUUCCUCAAAUAUGUCGCUUCGAAAUGUGACUUUCUAGUUAUCGAACCCCAAACAUGGAAGUGCUAUCGCAACGCAUCAAGACGGAUGCGCAAGGAGAAGAAAGCAUUUUUCCAAGACAUCGACGAGCUUUGUUGGAAGAACGAUAUACUCGAGAAAAUAGACGAAUUUCUACAAGAAGACUGUGAUAUGCGUGUGGAACGAAAGUUCGGCAUCACUCCUUGGGGUCGGCCCAUAACGAUGUACCGGACCCGGAUACCGAAGAUAGAGAUGACGAAAUAAAUUCUCA